AUAGUUUGAGUGAUAAGCAACCUUAAGAGUGCACAGUAAAAGUCACUAGACGUUGUUCAACAGCUAGAGGCACGACGUGGCGGUAAAAAUGGUGAAGAAAGUGAAUAAAAAGGAGUGGAUAUGUGCAUGGUGUUUUGUGAUUUUGUCAAUUACUGUUGGGCAAUCCGUCGGUGAAAGUGAAGGUGCUGCGCCUUGGACACCCACGUGGGCCGACACGCUCAAAAAAGACCUGCUUAAAGGCUACGACCCAUCUAUUCGACCUUCGCAACACUAUAAUGUUACUACUGUGGAAGCUAGAAUUACAAUCACUCAUGUGGAGAUUAACGAAAUUAAAUCAACGCUGUCCGUGUACGGGUGGAUGAAAUUCUCCUGGAACGAUCCCAAACUGACAUGGAACCCGGCUAACUAUGGAAAUCUAAACGUUGUUCGUUGGGAUCCUACUGUUGUCUGGAGGCCAGAUGUGGUUUUGUACAACAAUGCCGAUGGAUCAGAUCAACAUCAUUACGGAGACACAAACGUGCUAGUAUAUAAUCAAGGCAAAGUGCUAUGGGUCCCUCCAACUGAGUAUCACGCAUUCUGUGAACUGAACAUGCGGCUGUGGCCUUUUGAUUACCAAAAGUGCAUAGUAAAAAUAGGAUCAUGGACCUUCGAUGGAUACAUGCUAAAUCUUACACUUGGCAGCGAACCAGAGAUUGAAACACUUGUGAGUAAUUCCGAGUGGAAAAUCGUUAAGAUAAGCGCCGAAAGGAACGUCAGAUAUUAUCCUUGCUGCACGGAACCUUACACUGAUGUAACAUACAAUGUGACUCUUCAGCGGCAAUCCGACACCCAUCGUGCCAUCGUCAUCGUUCCAGCGUUAGUUAUUAUUAUUCUUGCGCUUUCCGUAUUCUGGCUUCCAUUGGAGUCGGGUGAAAGAAUCAUUACAAAUGGAAUUGUUGCAAUAAUGAUCACAAUCUAUUUGGUUUAUUUUGCUCAACAAUUACCGGCCAUUUCUGGCCACACGCCUUUGAUAGUAAUAUUUUUCAGCAAUACGUUGCUACUAACCGCGUUCAGUACCGUAAUUUGUGUGAUUGUUCUCAACGUCUCAAAAUGCAAACAUCAACGACCCUUACCGGCCAUCCUGAAGCGCGCGGCUGCCUGUGUCGGUCCCUUUGUGGGUGUAGGAAAGAAGCAUUUUAGUCUCAGCGAAAAAGGGAACGAUACUAUCGAGUACAACCAUGUUCACGAAUGGUUUAAGUUUGGAUUAGCCCUAAAUCGUGCAUCGUUUAUAGUAUACUGCGUUAUUUUUAUCAUUUGUGCUUUCUAUAGCUUUUGAUGGUGAUUGAAAUGAGCAUUGAAAAUAUGGUUUAGAAGGAAUAAAGAUUUAAAAAAACCUUCCGAUUUAGAUAAGGAAUAUAUUCGAUCAAAAUAAACAAGAGAAGCAUU